AAAAUGGCAAGAGUAAUUUGAGAAAAUGUCUAUGGGUGAGAAUGCAAAAAUUAGUUCAAAUCUAAUGUAUUAGUAAUAAAAAAAUUAAUCUAUAAUAACAAUCCGAAUACAUAAUCAAGUUCAAAUAAUAUUCUUGAAAAUAUAAACAUAAAAUAUGGACCCGUUGACCAAAUAAAAAAAAAAGAAAAAUAGAAUCAUUUUUCAUAUUGACAUUAGGUACAAAUGUACAAUGAUUAAAUUCUAAUUAAAACAUGUAUUACAGUCACUCAAUCAAUAACAAGAUAGAGAUAGACUUGACUCGUUCUCUAGUUUAUCAUAUAUAUACGUUUAUCAUUUUUCGAGAAAUAACUAUUAAUAAUUAGCAUAUCACAACUAUACUUUUUAACAUUACGAUAAUAUAAUAUGCAGAAGAAUUUUUUAAAAAUAUUUGUAACACGCUUAAAUAGAAUGUUAAUAAUUUUCAAUCUGUGGAAAAGUUACCUUAGAUCUAAAUAAGUUAACAGUUUAGGUCAGUGCCCUUACCAAUUUUUUUCGAAUACCUUUAUUUUACACCUCAUGUUACCAUGGCCAAAAAAAUAAUUAUUAUUUUAUAUUAUAAAUUACAUAAGUAGACAUACUAAAUUUUGUUAAGUUGUCACAGGUUUAGGUUAUUAAAUAAUAUAUUUUUUAAUUGGACCGCUUAGACUAUCCUCCCACUAUCCGGUGAAAUUUAAAACAAGAUUCAUCACAAGUGAUUUAUACUGAAACCAAACAAUUAUAUUAAUAUAAUUAUUUUUUAUAAACAUUCCAAGUUAAAUUUGAUUAAAUUAUAUUAUUGUUUAGUGUAAUAAAUCCUUGUUGAAAUAGGUUUCACAUAUUAAGUUGUUCAUACUCCAACUAAAAAUAUCGAUCGAAAGUAUCAUCAAUUCACUCAAAUAUUAUAAAUAUUAAAGCUAACAAUACACUACUGUACAUAAAAUUUAUUGUUUUUAAUGCAUUAUAUUAGAUUCCACAUAAAUAACGUGGCAAAAAUAACUCAAGACGCGUACUUUUCUAUAAAGCAUUUAUUUAUUUUUUAAACAUAGUAUGUAUUUUAAAAAAAAAAACUCCUUAAGAUUAAAAUGAAUUUUUGGAAGAAUGUAGAAUGAAGAAAAUAAAAAUUCCUUUACCCACAUUCCACCGGAAACAUCGGUAAGGACAACGUCGACACGAGGUGAGGGAGCGAUACCAUACGAGACGGAACAGAAUGGAAGGUGUAAACUGCAAAGUAGCAAGGUAAAAGCGAAUCGUUUUAGGCCACCGCAGCGGGGGCGUAUUUACGGGGGGGAGGAUAUGGGGGAUAGAUCCCCCCUUGGUAUUUUUUUUACUAGUAAGUUUAAUAACGUUGGUAAGUGUACCCUCCCCCGUCGAGGAAAUUAUGUUUCCCAACUUAUAUCCCCCCCCUGGACAAAAUCCUAAAUACGCUACUGCACCGCAGCUAGGUCGCUGCUGUGACAUAAUAUAGUCCCAGCCGGUCGUGAGACGGCAAGCGAGAGCCCUUUUGGGGCUUCGGUCGAGCAGGAAUGAUGACGGAAGACUUUCGGGAUACGGAUAACUACCUAUAAUACUGCCAGCCAUGGUACCACAACGAUUCCGGCCCUGCGGUAUCUGUACGACGCCGGCGCGGGUCGUCUAUUUAUAAAUAUAUAUUAUAUAUAUUUAAUACUUAUAUAAUAUGACAUAUUAGUGUGCUUUUACCUUGAUACUUUGCACUUUUCAUUCAGUUCCGUCUCGUAUGGUAUCGCUCCUUCACCGUGUCGCCGUUAUCCUUACCGAUGUUUCCGGUGGAGAGGGGAAGAUGAAUGUUUACUAUCUUCAUUUUAAUACUUCCAACAAUUAAUUUUAAUUUUAAGCACACCUCACGCAGCAGAGGAAGGCGGAUGCGCGUUUGACUCGCCGCCAUGUCUUCUUAAUCCAUCCUCUUCGUUUCUGUUUGGUUUGAAUUUUUGUCACUCCCGUGUUCGUUAAUUCCAUGUAUCCGGCGCCUUGGUUUCUUAUAUCUGUACUCGAAAAAACAUUUGCCAUUACCUCUUUUAAUAUUAUAGAGACUUCUCUUCAAUCGUGUGUUGGGAAAAUAAUAAUUGUCUAAAAAGAUGUAUUCUAAUAUUUUUGUCCAUAAUUACGAAAACUGAAAAGUCAAUGUUAACUCUGUUGACACUUUAAACGACAAAACACAACUGAUCGAAAAUGAUACGAUAAUGCCAGAAUUUAUAAAAAUUUAUAAACGCAAUUAUUGUAGUCAGCAACAUUUGUAUUUACAUUUUAUAUAUAUUUUUCUUAAACCAGUCAAAAAAAAAUCCCAAAAACGUUCGUAUAUUAAAGUAAUAAACUAAUAAAUUAUAAUAUACAAUCUUAUAAUUACAAAUUCCAAUAAUCAUCAGAUCAUACGUGAGAGCUUAAACGUUAACUAAAUAAAUCGUCUGAAUUACAUAAAACUGGGGUUAACAAAAUAUUUACAAUUUAUUUAAUUUAAUGUAGACGGCUAAGCGGACUCACUUCAAAUGAUUAGUAAUUUGAUAUUUUAUUACGCGGCAAUAUUUUGGUGAUAAGAAUUAAGAGUAUACGAUUCUUUAUCAUGAUUUUGAAACUACAAUUUAUGACCACGAGAGACUUGAGCCAUUAGUUUCUGAUGAGCUAUUGAAAUACCUACUGGGCUCUGGCUGCUUUUUAGUUCUGGGAAAUCCAGUGCAACAUUUCAAAAGGGAAUUUUUGUAUAUAAUACCACGAGUAUGGAUCAAUCUGAAUUUGCUAUAAAGAAUGAAAGUCAUCAUUCUAUUAAAAAUGAAGAUGGCAUUUACUUGGAUAUUCCUCCUUUAAGUUCUGUAAAAGAAGAAGUUCAUCAGUGUCUUGAUAAUGGUGACGGUGAUCUACCUUUUCUUAUUUAUGACAACAUUAAUAAUACUGUACAAAGAAUGGAACAAUGUGUAGGAGAAAACUGUCUAGUUAAAAGCGAAGUUAUUGUAUUAAAUAAUCUAGAAACAGAUGGUUGUUCCUUUAAAACAGAACCUGAAGAUUUAGAUAAUAUUUUUCAACCAUUUGGUACUGUUGUAAAAAAAGAAACCGAUAACUUUAAAUUAGAAAUACAAUACAAUGAUAAAACAGUUAAAAUUGAGAAAGAAACACUUGAAGACACUGUAUUUAAGAGUGAAAUUGUUAUUGAGAAAAAUGAUAUACUUUCAAUUUUGAAGAAAGAACAAUGUAACACUGGAUAUCAUUCAAAUUUAGCUGAUUUACCAAGAACAAUUUACAAAGAAUUAGUUAAUUGUAAUAAUAAAUCCAAUAAAAAAAAGAGUAAAAAUAAGAAAAACAUCUAUAUUUGUGAUUUAUGUCAUCAAUCAUUUAACAGUAAAAAAUUACUAACUUUUCAUAUAAAAUAUCAUUUCUCCAACAAUGAUUAUUGCCCAAACAAUUAUCUCAAAAAUUGUAGUUCAAAAAAUACUAAAUGUAAACAAUUAAAAAAAUAUAUUAAAAUAAAAAAUAUAUUUGUUUGUACAAUUUGUAAUAAACAAUUCAAUGAUCAGUCCAAUUGUCGAAGACAUACAUUAAGUCAUGUAAAUACAAAGAAAUUUAAAUGUAAUUUUUGUAAGAAACAAUUCACUACUAAAUACAAUCUUAGAGUUCAUAGUAGAUUACAUACCGGUGAUUCGCCAUAUAAAUGUGACGUUUGUCAUUUAAAAUUUGAUCGUAAUGACAAAAUGUUAACACACAGAAGAAUUCAUGAUGACAAUUUCAGAACAUAUUAUAAUUGUAAGGAUUGCCACCGACAGUAUUUGCAUAAAAACUCUUUAUUGCGUCAUGUUAAAAUUCAUCGAAUGGAAAAUAUUUAUUCGUGCAAUCAUUGUCAACAACCAUUCAUGCGAAAAGAUUCACUUAUUGUUCAUUUGAGAUCCAAACAUACUGGUGAGAAGCCGUAUAAGUGUCAAAUUUGUAAGAAAAGGUUUUUUGAAAACAGUGUUCUUGUACGCCAUAUGACGACUCACAAUAAGAGUAAAUAGUUUAAAGAUAUGUAUAAAAAAAAAAUGUAUUAAGUCUGUUAUACUAAUGAGAAUGAAAAAAAAUAUACAACUCAAUAGUUAUUGAUGUUAAA